GGAUCAGCAGGACUGCUGUCAUGGACGGGGGAAGAGCGAGGUCGGGAUAUGGUUAUCGGAACUGAGGCAUGAGCAGCCCCAGAGCUGCCCCUCCCCAGAGCAGCCCCCUGCUGGGGGGAGACACAGGACUGAUGGAGCGGCCAGGGUCAGAGGGCGUGAACCCCACCGUCCAGGUAACCCAGCGGCCGGGGUCAGAGGGCGUGAACCCCACCAUCCAGGUAACCCAGCGGCCGGGGUCAGAGGACGUGAACCCCACCAUCCGGGUUGCCCAGCGGCCGGGGUCAGAGGGCGUGAACCCCACCGUCCAGGUAACCCCGCGGCCGGGGUCAGAGGGCGUGAACCCCACCGUCCAGGUAACCCCGCAGCCGAGGUCAGAGGGCGUGAACCCCACUGUUCAAAUAACCCCGCGGCCGGAGUCAGAGGGCACCUCGCACUGCACCGUCUUCACUUACUUCAAAGGUGACAUCAACAGUGUGGUGGACGAACACUUCUCCCGAGCGCUGAGGUGUGCAGAGGCCAGGCCCAGGAGGAAGCCCGAGGACAUGGAGAGGGCAGGUGAGAAGCUGCCGUCCAUGCCGUGGCUGCAGCCUCCGAUUUGGCCACAUCCGUACCUGGGAGCUCCGCUCCCUCCUGCUGGCAGGACCUCGGAGGGUGGCCCAAUGACCACAGCUCAGUACCAGCCGGACAACUGCCCGAACCUGCGGGCCGCAGCUGCUGACCCCUGGCUCCUGCCGUCCAGCCGUGCUCAGGGUGUGGGGAGCCUCCUGUACCAGCCGCCCCUCCUGCAGCUCCACCAGAUGUUGCCAGCUGUAGACUCCGAGAGACAGUACAGCGCCCUGCGGGAGCCAGUGCCGGGGCACAGGGCAGCCCCAGGCACACACCUUCCCCGACACAAGACCGUUGUCCCCUCCCCAUGGACAGGAAUUGCUCCUGGACUCCCGGAGGCAAUGAACCCAGAGGUGGGACAGGGAUCGGAGAACUGGAGGAAUGAGGCAGGGUUCGAGCAUCAGGUGAAGCAGAAGGAUGUGUACUGGUACUAGCACCAGCCACCGGCCGCACGCCCGUUCCCACGCCAGCCCUGGCUCUCCUGAUCACCGCUGCGGAGUUCCCCGUCCCUGACCGAGCUGCUACCUCUGCCCCCCGCCUCACUGGAUGGACAGCAGGAAUGGGAAGUCUCUCUCUCCAGCUCUGGUUCGGACGUACGGUGUGUAACUUCAGGGGGACUGGUCCCUCACAUCCCCAGAUCUGCCCGAGGGACUAUCGACCAACCCACGCUGGGCUCUGUGCCUCCGGACACACUGGACAGAGGGUGCGGAGCAAUGUGACGGAACUCUUGGGUCAAGGGGUGGGGACGGGGUUCGCGGGGGGGAGUCUGGAGCUCGGGGGUCAUGGCGACUAAUGGAAGGGUGAUGGGAAUUGGGGCACAAUCCAGAAACCGGAAUUGGAGGAUCACAGAGAUCUUGGAGAGUUGAUGAGCAAUGGAGGAUUACAGACGCUGAGUUCUCCCACAGUUUGAUUUUCGAUCCAGUAUCUGCAGUCCCUCCUGUCUCCUGUUCCAACUCCGAGACAAACCUUGAGAUCCUGUUGCUUCUCAGAGUCAGAAUCAGGUUUAUUAUCGCUGUCUUAUACAAUGUGAAGCUUGCUGUUUUGCGGCAGCAUAAAAAUUUAUCAAUUCCAAAAAUAAAUAAUGCAGUAAAACUCCA